AUGGUGUCAGAGCCUCUGCCAGAAUGGCCUUACCCCGAGGGCCUUCUGGGUGUGCCUUCUGAGUCUCAGGUCUCUCUGGCCCAAGGACUUCCCCGUUGUUUGAUGAAUGGCUUUUCCUACACAUUGACCAUUGUGCAGGGCGCUUCCGUGUGCAGGGUUCAUCAUGCUCAAGCUGCACAGGAAGACAUUUGGAUGUAUCAACUGGGAAAGCUGCUGCUUCAUACCUCAUUCCUUGGUGCAGAAUGCUGGGCACUUAAAAGAACCAGACAGAUUAAUUUAUUUUCUCACUCUGUGUGCAGACUCUAA